CCAAAAUUCAAGACCUCAACAUCUUCCCAUUCUACUUCCGUACCUUGCUCAACCGGCGUGCAGGUAUCACCCACUCUGGCCUCUCAUCAUCCACUCUACCAGAACAUCCUCUCACAUACCUUCCUCUGCCGCGGGCGGUACCUUUCGCAUCAGCGCCGCCACUGCAUAAUCUGAUCUGUCACGAAAUAUUGCCUUUUCAACUCUCCACGCUUUUCCGGCAACCCGUCGCAUCUCGAACGACAGCCCAUCCACUUCCUCAAGAUGGUACAUCGUCACAGGAGGGACUUAGCUGCAAGUCGAAGACGGGUUGAGGAUGCAGGCGACGAGGAGAGUGUCCUGGACGCUGGCUCCCUGAGUGAUGAUUCGUUGAGUGAGGGGUCUAUACUAAGUGAGGAGGACGAAGCUCGAGAAGGAGAUGAGGUUAUCGCCAGCGAAAGACGCUCUGCCGGUACUGCAGGCUCCAUCAAGCUCAAUGGCAAUGGAGAAACCCUGGGAAAGGAUGGCCAGGCAGCAUCGACAAACGGCCACCCAAAGAAACCGGCCACAAAUGGCAACACCGAUAUGGAUUUGAUGCUGAAUGGGCUCAAGAUCUCGGACCACGGAAUUCCUGAUGAGAUCCAGUACGAGGAUCUCCGAGACGACGACGACAUCCAUGAGGAGGAAGAAGAACGAGAGCCGUCACUUCCAAUAGUGAAAUCCACCGCUCAGAUGGACCAACCCCAAGAGUUGCCCCACGAACGACGAAGAAGAGAGCAUGAGGAGUAUAAAAGGAGACGAGAUGCGGAUCCUGCGUUUGUACCGAACAGAGGGGCCUUCUUCAUGCAUGAUCACCGUCAUUCUGGUCCUGCUGCCAAUGGCUUCAGGCCUUUUGGAAGAGGUCGAGGGGGGCGGGGAAGACCAGGCAUUGGAGGUCCUUAUGCUCCGUCAAGGUAUGUCCGCCUUUGGAGAGGAGAUGUAUUAAUGAUUAACCAAUUUUCUCUAGUCAAAUGGCUCAACCUUUUGAACCCACCACUGAUGCACCUUGGGCUCACGAUAUGCACGAAGUGAUAAGUGAACCCCAUCCUCGCCAUGCCCCGUCAUCCGGAUAUCCCCAAGGCCCGGCAAUUCUACCUUCACGAGUUCCGAUCAGCGCUCCUUCGACAGCUCCACCAAAUAGAGCUCUAUCAACUACGAAGCAUAUUGGCAAUGUACAAAUUAGAGUAUUUUUGGCAAAUAUGGAGAAGCCGAUUGUGUUCCCUGGAAUACCGGUCAAGCAGUAUACCCGUCUGCCAGACCACCGUCCUCCAAUGCGGCGAGAUAAACCAGUUCGGAUUUCUAUACCGGACUAUCCUCCACGCUACAUAUUUCCUGCGAUUGAUAGAUCAUUCAUCUUCAUCCCUCGAGCUAUGCGUCCUAACCAGCAAGGAUUUGGUGGGCGGGGCAGAGGCCCCAGAUCCGCCUUUGGAUCAAUUGGUGGCUUCUCUCGACGUACCAGUGUUUUUGGUGGCAGUGUAUAUGGCAGUACCUAUGCACCGAGUGUGGCAAUGAGUCGCCGCUCUUCACUUGCGAGGGAGGUCAAUAGGGAUAGUAUCAUAUCCCCGAACGGCUCCACAAUGUCCGCAAGACCAGUUGUCAAACUACCACCGGCAAGUCAUUCGGCCCAACCAACUCAAUUCGUUCCUCCACACCAAUCCCAGGAUGGACCUCCUCAGGUUGUAGUUGUUGAUGAACAACCUCGACCCCAAACUUAUCCUCUACCUCAAAAGCCCACUUUCCGUGAAAAUCGACCAAACCCUAUCCCCAUGCAUCAACCUCGCCCACAAAAGGCUGUAUCUGUUGCAGAUAUCGAAUCACCUGCCACCUUAUCGUUCAACCCCCCACAACAACAUCAGCAACCUUUCCAUCAGCAGGUUCCUCUUCAAGUCAACGGGAACAGUUAUCCUCCAGAUGGUAUGAUGCACUCUCGCAACCCAUCCUACCCCAGUCAGGCAUCUACGGGUACACCACUAUCGCAGAUACCAGAACGAGCAAUCCACGCUCAGCCAUUCCAGCCAAACCCAUAUCAACAGCAGCCACAACCACAAAACUACUAUCCACAACCUUACCAAGUAAUGCCUCCUCCGCAACCGCCACAGGGCUACUACUACCCUCAGCAGCCAUAUAACCCUGCUAUGGCUCAGCCUGGUGGCCCACCUCAGUAUAUGCCUGCACAACCGCAGCAUCAACCGCAACCAACAUCAUUUCCUCAACCCAACCAGCAGCCAGACACAUCGCAGCCUAAUCCACAAGGGCUUGUGGCUCAGGAAGUUAAUGGAAUGGUAUACUAUUAUGACGCGGCACAAAUUCCCGCUGUGGCCACCUUCCCAGCGUAUUCACAGCCUCCGGCUUAUCCUAUGCCGCAAACAGGUGGAGUGAUGGGUAUGGGAGGUAUGAUAACACCAAGUCCCGAUGGUUUCUACUAUCCGCAAGCCCAGCCAGGAGUUGUUUACUAUCAACAAUAAUUGGUGCUUGAAUCAUCCUUUUCUGUUAUAUUCCUUUUCCCGUAAUGCUUUCAGCGAUCUUGUCUGGGACGUGGGUUUUUAUGUCUUUUUGUUUUUUCCAGGAGAGGUCGCUCCCUCCAUUCCUCCGUGUCACCUUAUAUGUUUUCGGGAACAUGUAAGAGAGGACUAUAUUCGAGGUUCAUUUGGAGUGUCUUCCCCAUGUUUUUACCGUUCACACGGUUUCUUCUUGGGGUAUCGAAUUGGGACUUGGAGAAGGGAUGAUGACGGGAGGGUUUCCUAGUCUAGCAUGCGGCUAUCACAUUUUUCAGCUGCUUCUUGUUUUUUCCUCUUCUUGGUAUGGUUUUCUCGGUAUCCUGUCUGGGUGGUUCUUAGUUGCAUGAUGCAGUUGUGGACUUUUUUAGGUUUGUUUUUUUUCCCUCUCUGAAUCCCGUCUCGACAUUGUUUGUUUGUUAAGAUGGAGGGAGUAAAAUGCCUUUUUUCCGGGCUCUGUUCUGUCCUUUUUUUGCUAUAUUUUAUGAGGCAUUGAAUGGAUUCGGUCUCCUUCUUCCUUUUCUUUUUUGGACCCAUGGGAUUCCUUUUUUCCUCUCUCCCUCUUUUGGGCGUGGGAAGCGAGUUGGUUGUUGUGUUUUUUGAGAGGGAAAGGGGGUGUGGGG